AUGCGUUCUAACCUUGCUGAGCAACAAUCGCGGUAUCAGCAUCAUCGAAAUCUUUCGGACGAGUCUGACGAAUCGGAUGAUGACGAUUAUAUUAAACGGAGAAGACGAGAAAAAUUGAGUGAUGAGGAAGAAAAACCGAUAGCAAAGAGUGAUAAUAACAGACCUUCACCAGUCAGAUCUGGCCAACAUCAUCCUUCUGCUUCAGGCAAUAUUUCGAGAAAUCAAGCUUCACCAAUUGAUGCCUCACAAUAUGGUAGCUAUAACAAUCAGCCAUCUUUCAAUAACAACAAUAAUUAUCAAAAACGAAAAAGAAGUGAUUCCGAAGAAAAGCCUCCUUCUCCAUCGAGUGCCGAUUUUCAGUCAUCCCUCAAAAAGAAAAAAAUUGAACGAGAUGAAUGGGACGAGGAGAUUGAAUCAUAUACGACUUAUCGUGCCAUCAUUUUAAUGUGUGAAGAGGAUCGAUCGGAUGAAGCUAUAGUAUCUAAGUUGAAAGAGGUCGCCGGACUUAUUUCUAAUGAUCUUCAAGAUGACUAUCAAACGCACAUUCCUACAAUAUCAGACAUUGUCAUGCAAUGUAUUACUGAUUUUCCUGUUAAAACCUCUCUAUACUGCACAUUAGUUGCAUUAGUGAACAAAAAGAUACCAAAAUUUGGAGAGUACAUCGUUCAAUUAACACUUGAGCACGUUAUUCAAAGCCAUAAUCACUAUGACUGGAUUCGUCUCAAGGCACUUUUCAGAUUUAUUUUUGAAUUGAUGCGCCAAAAGCUUGUUUCUGAAAACGAUGCGUUUUAUGUACUGGAUAAAUUCGUCGACUUGGCUCUAAAAUAUUCCAAUGACAUUAUGGGCAUGAACUAUAUGUACACAAUUUUAGGCUCACUUCCAUGGGGAAUUGAGAUAUUUAAAGAGAACAGCGUGUUUACUUCGGAGUUGACAACGAAGCUUACUAAAUAUUUUGACGUUUAUAGUCAAUUUGACUUUACCCUCUACAAAGUUUUCAAUGGUCAAAAAGAUUGCCUCAUGGUCAUGUGGGACCAAUUCAGAUUCUUUCUAUCGGAUCAAACUCAAAUUAAGGAAAUCAAAAGUUUACUUAAGCCACAUUUAUUGUUUUCAGAGAGCGAUUUGGCAGAUGCUAGAAUGCACAAGAUUGAAUUCCCUAUUGACGAACAUCUAAUUGACGUUGGUUCUCAUGAAAAUGUUUCUAAAGGCUGCAUCUUCAAAGGAAGACUUGGACUAUAUGAAGAAAUGAUGUCUAGCACUCUGCAUCUACUCUCCCCUAUUGACAGACUUGUGAUAGAGGAAUACAUUACUGAUUUGUUAUACUUUUUUAAUGGGUCUCAUAGAGACUGCGUUAGUAGAUUGUACGCUUGGGCUGGAGAUCUUGCUACUGCUGCAUUUACUAACGAAAACAAAGAUAACAAACCAAAAAGCUUGGAAGAAAAAGAAUUGGCAAUUUUAAAUGACCUUGAUCCAAGUGGAGAAUAUUUUCAACACAUGGCAAUUGAUGUUAUUCUAGGAGUAAUGUGCUUGCUUCCAUCACCUCCAGUUAAGAUACACUUUUACAAUGUGGUGGUAAUUGGAAUGUGCUUACAGAAAUGUACAAAAGAUAAUUUUUCUAGAGAGAUAGUUAAGAAGUACAUUAACUAUGUUUUUGAAAAGAUAGACAUGUUUGACGAUGAAUGUUGUAUGCAAAGAUUUACAUCACUCAUGUCCUAUUAUUUGAGUCAUUUCGACUGCAAGUGGGAUUGGGAUAAAUGGGUAUACAUUCUAAGUGAUCCCAACUUAACCAUAAACAAGAAAAGAGAGCAAUUUAUUAGAUUGGUGCUUCAGAGAACCUUACACGUUACAUACAUGAACAAGGUUAAGAGAUCAAUUAAGGGGUCAUCAAACCUGACAGAGGACAAAUUUGAUGAGGACUUGAGAUACAACGAAGACGAAGAUCUUACAGGAGUACCUUUUGCUAAAUUUUUGCCAAACGCCCCUGAUGCCAAUUUCAGAUUUUCCACUGGUAGUCCUCAUGCUGACGACUCGUCAAAGAUAUUGGAAGCAAUGCGACAAAAAAAGGAUGUCAAUGAAAUGCUAGAUUUACUUGCCACUUUGCAAUGUAAAGAAGACAAGAUAUUGCUAUUGGACAUGUUUUUGAGCUGCGGCUUGUCUCUCGCUAGCCAAAAGAAUCUAUCAGAGUUUAGUGACAUUCUAUCGAGAUACAAAGAAGUCAUCAAACAACUAAUAGACCAUGAUACUGUCUAUCAACGGGUUAACCUCAUCAGGUCAUUAUGGCUGUUCUGGUUCAAGUCCCCCCAAAGAAUUAUUCUGUUUAUGAAGAAAUUACUUCUUCAACACGACAUUGUGAAUGCCCAAAGCGUCGCUAAUUUCUUGUUUUCUGAUAGCUCACUACUAUUUUCUUUUGCCUACUCAUGGGACAUUAUGAAGUCAUGUAUUGAUGCUCAAAUAGUUAGAGCCCUUAGAGCCUAUGAAUAUGGCAACGAUUCUAUUUGUACCAGUGACACGAUACCAAAGCUUAAAAAAGAUCCUAAUGUUCCUGAAGAAGACCCCCUUGACAAAGUCACAGGUUUAGAAUCCACAGCUUUCAAAAUGUUGAUUGGAGAAAUUCGAGAAACAGUUUAUAUAAUGACAAGAUUGGUGAUUAGCAAGCUUCUUAGCUUUGAGGAUAUGAACAGUUGGGAGUUCAGAUAUGUUUCUGGACUUUUGCGUGAAAUUGCAAGAUUUUAUCAGUUCUAUGUGUUAGAUUUUACUGAUUAUGUGGGAGCUGUUCUUUCUGAACAUCCAGAUUCCCCAGUGAAGGACUAUAUCAGUAAUUUAUUUAAUGGAUCCAAGUUUUUCAAGCAUGCCAGCACGUUUGUUUCAGGUGGAUUUAAGGCCACAGUUCCUCGCUAUGAAAGAAGAUUUAAUCCAAUUCCAACCCUCAAAAAUUACACAAUUCUUGACACAAGAAGCUCAAUUCAUGAUUUACUCAUCCAGGAAAUUCGACGUGUGGAGCAUGAACUUCCUGUCUCAAUCACUGCCGGCCAUCCUUUAUGCUCUUCUGUGUUGAAUGAGAAUUUGGAAACCAUGAUGCCUGUCAUUAAUGCCAGCACUACGACCGAUAGUAACAAUUCUGGAAAUCUGGAAAUCCAGAACACAACUGAAGCAACAAGACACGUGGAAGUUAGUAAAGAUGAAUAA